AUGCUAUUCCGACUUGUCUUCUCCUCACUUCUCCUAGCUCACACCACCUCUGCCUUCUUCUUCGGCGGCGGUGGCGGAGGUUGUGGAUGUCAGCCAGCUCCAGCGUGUGCGCCACACCCGGCUCCAGCUCCAUGUUCUGGAGGUAGCAUCGUUCAAGGGUACGUCGGAGCGCCACAGCAAGGAGGCUACGCCGCCGCUCCACAAUUCCCACAGCAAGGAGGUGGGUACCAACAAGGACCACCACCACCAGCACCAUACCAACCACAAGGAGGAUAUCAAGCCGGUCCAGCUCCAGCUCAAAUCGCUCCACAAGGGGGAUACCAGGCGCCAGUGCAGCAGGUACCGCAAGGAGGAUACCAGGCGCCAGCUCAACAAGUCAACACUCAAGGACCAGUGGAGUCUGCUCAAGUCCAAGAAGUUCAACAAGCCGGAGGUAACUACCAGGAUGCUCCAGCUCCAGCUCAAGUCGCUCCGGCUCAACAAGAGACUGCUGCUGCCCCAGCGCCAACUGACACUGCUGCCUAUACCGGGGAACAAGAAGUAGUCGCCUCCCUCGCGCGUGAAGAGCCAAACUAUCAGAACACUGGCACCAAUGUGGUCGAAGCGGCCCAGCACGCCUCUGAGCUUGGAAAUCAGGCCGCCGCCGCCGCCGCGAAGAACGCCGAAGUCAUCGAGGAUGAAGAGGAGCCAAUCAAGAAGAAGGACGAAGGAAAGACCACAAUGAUGAAGACCGUCAAAACCCCAUCUGCUUCUUCCGCAAUGAAGACCGCCUCUACUUCCACUUCCACCGAAUUCCCAGUUGGAGAGGAAGUCGUCCCAGACACCAACGAGAAGGAGGUUGAUAUCAGCGAACUUCAUCUCACCGAUGACCCACUCUGCAACUCGGAUGACUUGAGAAAAGUUGUGAUCGAUAACAUUGACGACCAAUUGAACAGCUCGAAGAGAAUGAUCCAAUUGGCAGCUGAGGCGCAAUUCGGUGGACGAUUUGAUGUGAUUUGCGCAAAUGGCGAUUUUAGCUAUGUGACCAACACUGAGCUCUAUUGCCAAGAGACAAAAGGAGACAUCUCGUGUUACACCUAUCGUCAAUUGUAA